AUGGCUCCCGUGAUGACUAGGAAGACGCUCAUGAUUACCGGGUUCACUAUCUCCAACGGGACCUUCAACCCAAAAGACUGCACACCCCACCGGUGCGCCGUCUUCGCGGCCGGCGGCUACGACUGGUCCAUCUGCUACGCCAUCGCGGAUGCCAUCGACAUCUGCCUGCAGCUCGAGACCUCGGCGGGCCCCAUCGUGACCGCGUCGUUCGCCGUCGGCCUCCUCGACCCCGCGGGCAGCCUGCCGCCGUGGAGGUUGCCGGCCAGCCGGGAGGUGCCGCCGCCUCAAGUGCUCGACCCGCACCGCGCCGCCAAGGGGAGGCAGGUGGCCGUCUCCGUGCCCAAGGAUUUCCUCAACGCGGCACCGGACCCCCGGUACCUCCCGCGCGGCGGCCUCCUGCUCGAGUGCACCCUCACCGUCUUCACGGAGACGCCGGCGCCUACGGCGGCCGCCCGGGCCCGAGCAAGCGCCCAGGCGCUCGACAUGAAGGAGCAGCUCGCCAAGAUCUACGCCACGGGGGACGGCGCCGGCGUGACCUACUCCGUGCAGGGGAGGCUCUUCCGCGCCCACAGGAUCGUCCUCGCGAUGCGGUCGCCGGUGCUCAGGGCGCAGCUCUUCAGGGGGAUGAUGGAGAGCUCGGCGCGGCUCAUCGAGGUCAAGGACAUGGCGCCUGAUGUCUUCGAGGCUCUCCUGCGCUACAUCUACACCGACGCCUUGGACGUCGACGGUGAGGUUGACGAGGACGCGACCGAGGUGACAUCCCAUCUGCUGGUGGCCGCGGAUCGCCACUACUACAAAAACGAUUUGUAG